AGUUUCUGACGAAUCUGACGUCAUCUUUACUAAAUAAAGAUAUACAUUGUAGAAAUAUAAGAGAAAAAGAAAUAAAACAGGAUUGUAUCUACAUCUUAUUACCAUUACAAAAUGGCAGAUCCAAAAUAUGAAAACCUUCCCGGCAUCGCUUACGACCAACCCGAUAUUUAUGAAACCGGUGAUUUGCCCGAAGCUGAUCAACCUGAACCAUACGAAGAAGAAGACAAUGAAAGCAUUGAACAAUUACAUCUCUCAGUGAAAGAUUCGUUCAAUAAGUUUAAAGGGAAGUUUCUUACGGGGAAUGUUGAUUUUUCCGAUAGAUUAAGCAGAAAAAAUCGUAUCGGUUAUAGGUCUGGUGAAUGGGAACUGGCUGCCGAGGGUGAGCCUGAAACAACAUUGGAACGCUACAAUAGACUUCGCUGUGAGUUUUCCGAGUUGCUAGAACAAAUAGCAGAACAACAAAACAAAGCUACAGAAAGUGAAAAGGAAGAGCAUUCAAAAUUGGCAUCUCAAAUAAACACAACAAAGAAACUCCUAGAAGAACUGAAGCUGGAAGAAGGAGAACAAGUCGAUCCUAAGGCUGAAAAAUUAAGUGAGUACCUGAGCACAAAUGGCAAGAAGAAACAGGGUGAAGUUGUAAUCGCCCAUCUGAAACUUAAGCCAGAGGUCACCCUUGCACAAACCACCAGGGUAGCACAAUUAGAACACAGAUUACAUAAGCUUGAACAAGCGGCUGGUGUGAGGGAUGAAGAAGCAUUCCGCAGGUUGCAGGCUGCAACAGGAGAGGCAACAUUAUGUGGAGCGGCAGCAACUUUAGCUAAUCAAGCUACUUUACUUCGCCCUAUGGAUUUAGCUGCGGCUGAAGCUAGAGUCACGUCACUCCUUACUAAUGUAGAAGCCUUGAAGGCUGCUGUUAAACCAGCUGAACCGGAAGUCGAAGCCAAGGUAAAGGAAUUACAUAAACUAUUGAAACAAAUAGAUGGUGUAUCACAUUCCGAAAUCUUAGAGCGAAUGGAGGCACUUGAAGCUCUCCAUAAUCAAGCAAGUAACUUUGGAAAGUCAUUAACAGAGUUAGAAACACUACAAAGCACUAUAGCCAGUGGUGUUCAAAAUAAUAAAGAGCUACUCCAAGGAGUCCAAGAAGUAUUCGCUCAUAAUAUUGACAGUCUUCAAAAAGAAAUAAAAAAGUUGGAUGGGAGAAUCAGUAAACUAGCUACUGCAUGAUGAUACAAAAAUGUUUAGAUGUGCUUAAAAUUGAUUUUUUAUCUGUAGUGAGGGCUGCAAUGAAUAAAGUUAUUGAUAUUAUAUUAACAUAGGAACAUAAAGAGUAAUUUGGUGAGCGUAAGCAUUAAGAGACGAAUAUACCAGUUACAAUCGCUAUCCUUGAUCGCGCCUAUUCCACCUUGCGUUGCGCUGUGGAAAGUUCAUUUUAUAAAAAAAAAAUUAAAUAAAUGAUUUGUAUUGUGUCAUAUUUUAAACACUUAUAAUAUUAUUAUAUUACGUUAAAAACUUGAUUUGUAGCUGCUGUUUCCAUUGUCAAAUUGACUCCCGUUGGUUGUUAAUCAUGCUUUGAAAGGCAUUAUUUGGAUACUAUUAUAUACAUCUCAAAUGACUUCCAUUCCACAAUUUAAAAUUUACUUGUAAUCUCACAUUUUAUACUUCUUAAAUAACCACAGAAUUCAUUUAUUAUAUUAUUGUAUAUAUGCCCUUGUGAUGAAUAUAACCAGUAUUCGUUAAAGGGCAUUAGGUAGACUGCUUAAAUAAUUAAUUUAUUAAAAAAUAAAGCAAUUAUUUCAAA